GUUUCGUGUUCGAAGUUUCUAUUAUUUUUUGAUAAAACAGAAAUUCCUGAUGUAGGUAAGUUAUUUGUACUUUUGGUAUUUAAUUGUUCAUUCAAUUCGAAAUCAAAUACUGUUCUAGGUGCGUAGAAAACUUCACGAUUAACAACUUAACCAUGAGCUGUUUUGACUUCUGGUUUGAUAGCGAUUCCGAGGGUGAUAAUAUGACUAACGAAGAUUUAUGCACAGUUAGAGUUGAGCGUCGAAAGCUUCGAGAUGCAUCAAAUCCUCUAGAUUUGCCAUCUAAUACGUUCGUGGAGUAUUUCCGAGUUUCCAAAGAUUUAUUCAGACACCUUUUUGAUAUUCUCGAUGGAAAUUUGGGAGUAGGAUCGUCCACAGUUUUACCUAUCAUUAAACUAGCGGCUGCCCUCAGAUUUUUCGCUGAAGGCAGCUAUCAAAAAGGAGCUGGGAAUGACCUCUUCGUUGGAGUUGCUCAGCCAACAAUGUCAAAAAUGUUGUAUAAAAUUAUCGAUGUUUUUGAGGAACAAAUUUGCAAAACAGCGAUUAAGUUUCCUACGAAUGACGAUGAAAAAAAUGCAACUAAAAUGGGUUUUUUCGAGAAGUCUGGAUUUCCUGGUGUCAUUAAUUGUGUUGAUGGAAGUCACAUAAAAAUAAUCAAGCCGAAACAUGAUGUGCAGCAUCUAUAUUCCAAUCGUAAAGGUUAUCACAGUCUGAACGUUAUGAUGGUUUGUGACCAUAAGAUGAUCAUUCGAUACGUCGAGGCAAACCAUCCUGGGUCUUCACAUGACUCAUUUAUUUGGAACACAAGCGCUCUAAAUCAAAUGCUGGAAACACAUUCCAUUAAUGGCGAUCGGAAUUCAUGGAUCUUAGGUGAUGCCGGCUACCCUUUGAAACCAUAUUGGAUCACGCCUUAUAGAAUAUCGGGAAACAUGCAGCACAAUGAAUCGAAGAUUAAAUUCAACCAAAUGCUUUCAAAUACAAGAUGGAUUGUUGAGAGAUCGUUUGGAAUUAUUAAGAAUGUAUUUCGAUGUAUUCUUGGUGCGAGACAGCUUCAUUAUAAGCCCGAAAAAGCUAGUAGAAUUAUUAAUGUAUGUUGUGCUUUACUCAACUUACGCGUUAGAUUUAAUGUACCCAUACCCGAAGAAAAUGUAGUUCAAUUGGAAAAUGAUUUUCCUGAAGAUGUUAACAAUGAAGAAGAAAAUUUUACUGCUGCUGUUAUCAGGGAUGAAAUAAUGCAAGCUAUUAUGUGA